GUUGAAAAGAUCCGCCAACUGAAAGCCAAGUCCCUGUACCUGCAGGUAGAGAAGCUGCAUCAGAACCUGACCAAGCUGGACUGCACCAUCGCAGCAGUCAACCAGGUAUGUUAAAAGGUGCAUGUCCGGGGGGGGGGAGGGGCGCAAGACGACCAGGUUUAUAAAUGCUGUGUUGAAAGUCAUUCAUUGUUACUGCUAACUAUGGCGUCCAUGUCUCCUCACCUCAUAACUCAUCAGGUGCUGGACGAGGGCUGUUACCUGGACGUGCUGCUGGCCAGAGAGCGUAUGCUGACCCAGGUCCAGGAGCUGAAGUCUCUCAGAGGGUUGCUGCAGCCACAGGAGGACGACCGUUUCCUGUUCACCCCUCCAGACCAGGUAAAUGCCAGAUUCCUGUUCACCCCUCCAGACCAGGUAAAUGCCAUGAUUUCAUGGUUCCCCCUCCAGACCAGGUAAAUGCCAGAUUCCCUGUUCACCCCUCACAGACCAGGGUAAAUGCCAGGAUUCAUGUUCAACCCCUCCAGACCAGGGUAAAUGCCAGCUUCCUGUUCACCCCGUCCAGACCAGGUAAAUGCCAAGAUUUCCUGUUCACCCCUCCAGACCAGUUUAAUGCCAGAUUCCUGUUCACCCUCCAGGACCAGGUAAAUGCCAGAUUCCUGUUACGCUCCCUCCCGACCCAGGUAAAUGCCAGAUUCCCUGGUUUUCACCCCUCCAGCCAGGUAAAUGCCAGAUUCCUGUUCCAACCCCUCAAGACCAGGGUAAUGCCAGAUUCCUGUUCCACCCCUCCAGACCAGGUAAAUGCCAGAUUCCUGUUACCCCUCCCAGACCAGGGUAAAUGCCAGAUUCCUGUUCACCCCUACCAGACCAGGUAAAUGCAAGAUUCCUGUUCACCCUCCAGGCCACGCCCCUCCAGACCAGGUAAAUGCCAGAUUCCUGUUCACCCCUCCAGACCAGGUAAAUGCCAGAUUCCUGUUCACCCCUCCAGACCAGGUAAAUGCCAGAUUCCUGUUCACCUCCAGACCAGUAAAUGCAGAUUCCUGUUCACCCUCCAGACCAGGUAAAUGCCAGAUUCCUGUUCCCCCUCCAGACCAGGUAAAUGCCAGAUUCCUGUUCCCCCUCCAGACCAGGUAAAUGCCAGAUUCCUGUUCCACCCUCCAGACCAGGUAAAUGCCAGAUUCUGUCCCCCUCCAGACCAGGUAAAUGCCAGAUCCUGUUCCCCCUCAGACCAGGUAAUGCCAGAUUCCUGUUCACCCUCCAGCCCGGUAAAUCACAGAUUCCUGUUCCCCCUCCAGACCAGGUAAAUGCCAGAUUCCGUUCACCCCUCCAGACCAGGUAAAUGCCAGAUCCUGUUCCCUCCAGACCAGUAAAUGCCGAUUCCUGUUCGCCCUCCAGACCAGGUAAAUGCCAGAUUCUGUCGCCCCUCCACCGGUAAUGCCAGAUUCGUUCCCCCUCCAGACAGGUAAAUGCCAAUUCUGUUCGCCCCCCAGACCGGUAAUGCAUUCCUGUUCCCCCUAACAGGUAAAUCCAGAUUCCUGUUCCCCUCAGCCAGGUAAAUGCCGAUCCUGUUCCCCUAGACCGGUAAUGCCAGAUUCUUUCCCCCCCAGACAGUAAUGCCAGAUCCUGUUCGCCCUCCAGACCAGGUAAAUGCCAGAUUCCUUUCGCCCCUCCAGACCAGGUAAAUGCCAGAUUCCUGUUCGCCCCCAGACCAGGUAAAUGCCAGAUUCCUGUUCGCCCCCAGACCAGGUAAAUGCCAGAUUCCUGUUCGCCCCUCCAGACCAGGUAAAUGCCAGAUUCCUGUUCACCCCUCCAGACCAGGUAAAUGCCAGAUUCCUGUUCACCCCUCCAGACCAGGUAAAUGCCAGAUUCCUGUCCCCUCCAGACCAGGUAAUGCCAGAUUCCUGUUCGCCCCUCCAGACCAGGUAAAUGCCAGAUUCCUGUUCGCCCCUCCAGACCAGGUAAAUGCCAGAUUCCUGUUCGCCCCUCCAGACCAGGUAAAUGCCAGAUUCCUGUUCGCCCCUCCAGACCAGGUAAAUGCCAGAUUCCUGUUCGCCCCUCCAGACCAGGUAAAUGCCAGAUUCCUGUUCGCCCCUCCAGACCAGGUAAAUGCCAGAUUCCUGUUCGCCCCUCCAGACCAGGUAAAUGCCAGAUUCCUGUUCGCCCCUCCAGACCAGGUAAAUGCCAGAUUCCUGUUCGCCCCUCCAGACCAGGUAAAUGCCAGAUUCCUGUUCGCCCCUCCAGACCAGGUAAAUGCCAGAUUCCUGUUCGCCCCUCCAGACCAGGUAAGAGGGGUUAGAGACUCUUGUGGCUCUUUGGAUGAGUGGAAAUAUCGACAUGUCUGCCAAUUUCAUAUACGUUAUAAAUACGUUGCUAUAUCCACUUGUCCCUAGGCCAUGGCUUAUUAAUAGUAAUAUUGAUAAUAUAUAAAUGUUAUCUUCACCAGGCCCUGUACAUAGCCAUCCAGUCCAUGGGGAUGAUCAGUAGUGGAGCGUUCGCUCCUGUCACCAAAGCUCACGGCGAGGGCUUAAAGACUGCGCUCCGUGGCAAGACCGCCUCCUUCACCGUGAUUGGCUACGACCACGACGGGGAACCCUGCCUCUCGGGCGGUGACGCGGUGUCAGCGGUGGUGAUGGCAGCGGCGGAAGGUAACUUGUCCGCGGCGGAUGUGUGUGACCACCAGAACGGGUCAUACACGGUCAGCUAUCUGCCCAAGGCUGAGGGAGAAGAUCUGGUGUCAGUUCUGGUCUGUAACCAGCACAUCAUGGACAGCCCCUUCAAGGUAAUAUGUAUGGUAUUAUCAUAAAUAUAACAACCAACUUAUAUAUUUACACUUCUACAUUUUCUAUGCACAUCUCUUAAGCAACGAGAAAGUAAUGAAACUUGAAACAUUGCUGUAGAUAGCGUGGAAUGCUAAGUAACAUUCUCCCUGCCUGUGUUCCAGGUGCUGGUGAAGUCUGGGCGACGCUACGGGGCUCUGGGUUCCGCGGUGUCUGCGUUUGGUAGCGAGGGGGAGGGGGACGGUCAGCUGUGUCGUCCAUGGGGGAUCAGUGUGGAUAAAGAGGGAUACGUGGUGGUGGCCGACCGCAGUAACAACCGCGUACAGGUGGGUUUCAUUCAUUUUAUGUCGUGGAUUGGUUUGGUGUCGACUCAGCCGUAAUCCUAAGGAGAAAUGUUUUUUAUGAUGCUAGCAAGUUAACUCUUGCUAGAUCAGUGUCUGUUUCGUUUGCUUUUAACUGUAGCCUCGAGGAUACAUGUUUCUAUGAUGCUAGCUAUAUCUUGGUAGCCCUCUUAGUGAGAGCUGAAGCAUAGCGUGUACAGUGCUUUCGCUAGCCAUCUUUAGAACAGUGGCUUUUUUACAUUAUUUCCUUCUGCGACUACCUCCUACUGUCCAGAUCUUCAAGCCGUGCGGUGCCUUCCACCACAAGUUCGGCUCCCUGGGCUCUCGCCCCGGUCAGUUUGAUCGUCCAGCGGGUGUGGCGUGCGACAGCCAACGGCGGAUCAUCGUAACGGACAAAGACAACCACCGCGUGCAGGUGUUCACCUUCGACGGACAGUUUAUGCUCAAGUUCGGCGAGAAGGGCACUAAGGUACAAACUCAGUCACGCGCACACACACACACACACACUCAUCAGAGCUGAACUAAUAACUAUAUUCUACUGUACUCUAUUGUAGAACGGUCAGUUCAACUACCCCUGGGACGUGGCAGUGAACUCUGCGGGGAAGAUCUUGGUCUCUGACACCAGGAACCACCGCAUCCAGCUCUUUGGCCCUGAUGGCUCGUUCAUCAACAAGUACGGCUUUGAGGGCGCCCUGUGGAAACACUUUGACUCACCACGCGGCGUCGCUUUUAACCACGAGGACCACCUGGUCGUCACCGACUUCAACAACCACCGUCUGCUGGUGAUUCGGCCAGAUUGCCAGUCUGCCCGGUUCCUGGGCUCAGAGGGAACCGGUAACGGGAAGUUCCUGCGUCCCCAGGGCAUAGCGGUGGAUCAGGAGAACCGGAUCAUCGUUGCCGACUCGAGAAACCACCGGGUGCAAGUGUUCGAGCCCAACGGGAACUUCUUAUGCAAAUUUGGCACCCAUGGGAGUGGCUUCGGACAGAUGGACCGCCCCUCCGGUGUUGCUGUGACACCUGACGGAGUCAUCGUGGUCGUCGACUUUGGAAACAACCGCAUCCUCAAGUUCUGA